UCUCUAAACCCUAAUGAUUUAAAUACAUACUAUUUUUUUCUAUGUUGCCACUUGCCAGCCAUCAUUCUCUUCUCCAUCUUCCAAGCUUUAUGUAAACCCUAGAGGACAUCACCAGUUAACUACCAGUUCUCUGAGGAUUAUUGAUUCAGUCAUCGGAUUUUGAUACGUAAGGAGAGUAAAAGAUGGAUCUUCCAAAUCUUGCUAUAGUUUUGCAAGCAGCACUUAGCCCCAAUCCAGCAGAACGGACAGCUGCUGAAGCGAGCCUCAAUCAGUACCAGUAUACUCCUCAGCAUUUGGUGAGGAUGCUGCAGAUCAUUGUAGAUGGAAAUUGUGAUAUGGCUGUGCGGCAGGUUGCCAGUAUUCAUUUUAAAAACUUCAUAGCAAAAAAUUGGUCACCCCAUGAUCCAGACGAACAAUCCAAGAUUUUGCCAAGUGAUAAAGACUUGGUAAGGCAGAACAUCCUUGUAUUUGUAGCACAACUUCCUCCAUUGUUGAGGGCACAGUUGGGUGAGUGUCUCAAGACAAUUAUACAUGCCGAUUAUCCUGAACAAUGGCCAGGUCUUUUGCAUUGGGUGACACAUAAUCUGCAAGACCAGCAAGUUUAUGGAGCUCUUUUUGUGCUUAGAAUCCUUUCUAGAAAAUAUGAGUUCAAGUCAGAUGAGGAGAGGACUCCAAUCUACCAUGUUGUGGAGGAGACGUUUCCUCAUUUGCUAAAUAUAUUCAGCAGGCUUGUUCAGAUAGGAAACCCAUCAAUUGAAGUAGCAGAUUUGAUUAAACUCAUUUGCAAAAUAUUCUGGUCGUCCAUAUAUCUGGAGAUUCCGAAGAAAUUGUUUGACCCAAAUGUGUUCAAUGCUUGGAUGGUUCUAUUCCUAAAUAUGUUGGAGCGACCCGUUCCAUCAGAGGGCCAACCAGCGGAUCCAGAGCUCCGCAAGUCAUGGGGAUGGUGGAAGGUAAAGAAGUGGACAGUCCAUAUAUUAAACCGCCUCUAUACCCGGUUUGGAGAUUUAAAACUGCAAAACCCAGAGAACAAAGCUUUUGCACAACACUUCCAGAAGAACUACGCGGGAAAAAUUUUGGAAUGUCAUCUCAACUUGUUGAAUGCGCUGCGUAUGGGUGACUAUUUACCUGACAGAGUUUCCAACCUUAUUUUGCAAUACUUGAGCAACAGUCUUUCCAAGACUACGAUGUACAAUCUGCUCCAACCAAGACUUGAUGUUGUUCUGUUUGAGAUAAUCUUUCCACUUAUGUGCUUCAAUGACAAUGAUCAAGCCCUUUGGGAGGAAGAUCCACAUGAGUAUGUGAGGAAGGGUUAUGAUAUUAUUGAAGACCUAUACAGUCCCAGGACCGCAGCAAUGGACUUUGUGAGCGAACUGGUAAGAAAACGUGGAAAAGAGAACCUUCAAAAGUUCAUAUUAUUUAUUGUGGAGAUUUUUAAGAGAUAUGAAGAGGCUUCAAUUGAGUUCAAGCCUUAUCGACAAAAGGAUGGGGCACUUCUUGCUAUUGGAGCGCUGUGUGAUAAAUUGAAACAGACUGAACCAUAUAAAUCCGAGCUUGAACCCAUGUUAGUGCAGCAUGUUUUCCCUGAGUUUGCCAGUCCUGUUGGUCAUCUCAGAGCAAAGGCUGCGUGGGUCGCAGGACAAUAUGCCCAUAUAAGUUUCUCUGACCCAAAUAAUUUCCGCAAAGCACUACAAAGUGUCGUUGCUGGGAUGCGUGACCCUGAGCUUCCAGUUCGUGUUGAUUCUGUUUUUGCAUUGCGUUCUUUUGUUGAAUCCUGCAAAGAUCUUAGUGAAAUCAGGCCAAUUCUUCCACAGCUACUUGAUGAUUUUUUCAAGCUAAUGGAUGAAGUUGAAAACGAGGAUCUGGUGUUUACACUUGAGACAAUUGUUGACAAGUUUGGAGAGGAGAUGGCACCCUAUGCUAUUGGCUUGUGCCAGAGUCUGGCUGCUGCAUUUUGGAAGUGUAUCAAUACUUCAGAAGCUGAUGAUGAAGCGGAUGAUCCUGGUGCUUUGGCAGCUGCGGGUUGUUUACGUGCCAUUAGUACCAUUCUUGAAUCAGUGAGCAGGCUCCCUCACAUUUUUGCUCACAUUGAGCCAAUUCUACUACCAAUAAUGCGUCGGAUGCUUACGACUGAUGGGCAAGAUGUUUUCGAAGAAGUUUUGGAAAUUGUAUCAUACAUGACCUUUUUCUCACCAACAAUAUCCUUGGAUAUGUGGAGUCUUUGGCCAUUGCUGACAGAAGCUCUUGCUGAUUGGGCUAUUGAUUUUUUCCCAAAUAUCCUAGUCCCACUGGAUAACUACAUAUCGAGGAGUACAGUGCAUUAUCUGACAUGCAAGGAGCCGGACUACCAACAAAGUUUGUGGAAUGUGCUUUCAAAUAUAAUGAGAGAUAAAAACUUGGAGGACAACGACAUUGAACCUGCACCUAAGCUUAUUGAAGUAGUGUUCCAGAACUGCAGGGGCCAGGUGGACCACUGGGUUAAAUUCUAUAUCGAAAUCACGGUUGAGCGUUUGCGUGUAGCAGAGCGACCAUACUUGAAAUGCCUUCUGGUGCAAGUUAUUGCUGAUGCACUUUACUAUAACGCCCCGUUGACUCUCAACAUAUUGCAUCAAAUGGGUGUGGCUAUAGAAGUUUUCAAUCUUUGGUUCCAGAUGUUGCAACAAACGAAAAAGAGUGGUGUGCGUGCCAACUUUAAGAGGGAACAUGAUAAGAAAGUGUGCUGUUUGGGUCUAACAUCUCUUCUUACACUUCCUCCGGAUCAGUUGCCAGGCGAGUUCUUGGAGCGUGUUUUCAAGGCAACGCUUGAGCUGCUUGUUGCUUACAAGGACCAAGUAGCAGAAGCUGCAAAGGAAGAUCCUGAAGAAGAUGAUGAUGACAUGGAUGAUGGUUUGGAAACCGAUGAUGAUGAUGAAGAUGAUGAUGGGGACAUGGGAGUCGAUGCAGAGGAUGGUGAUGAAGCCGAUAGCUUGAGACUCCAGAGAUUGGGUGCACAGGCGAGAUCAUUCCGCCCAGCUGAUGAUGACGAUGAUGACUCUGAUGAUGACUUCAGCGAUGACGAGGAUUUGCAAUCACCUAUUGAUGAAGUCGAUCCAUUUGUUUUCUUUAUGGAUACUGCAAAAGCCCUGCAAGCAUCAGACCAAAUGAGGUUCCAGAGGCUGUCGCAGACACUUGACUUCCGGUAUCAGGCACUAGCAAAUGGUGUUGCUCAGCAUGCUGAUCAGAGAAGAUUAGACAUCCAGAAAGAGAAGCUGGAGAAGGCUGCCACUGCAUCAGCUGCCUCAUCCUGAUUCUUUGAUUGUCAUUUAUUCAGAUUCAUCAUGUAUUUAUUCAAAUUUUGCUUUUUGUCCCCUCCCCUCUCCCCUAAUUCUUUGGUUGGCCUCCCUUCACUGGUCAACGCUCGAAGGAAUUCCUAUGCUACGGGAGAGCGAGCAUGCAUGUCUUGUCUUCUUUAUUUUUACUUGUGAUUGAUUGAUUGCUUGAUGUUUGUUUGUUUGCUUGUUUGUUUGUUUGUUUGUAGUUUUAGUCUUAUUAUCAUCAAUCAUUAUACGGGUCAAAAAAUGUCCCAUUCAGGAUAAAAUAUACCCUUGUGGCUUGCUAUUGUUUUUUUUUCUUCUUCGUGUUGGAACAGUUAUUUGUUACUUGGGUAACAUUUUUUUGAUGGUGAAAAGUUGUUUGUACA